UACUGCUUUGCCAUUUUUAUCAUGGCGAUUUCUUUUUGACAUUUGACUACAACUGGGCGCACGUGUUUUUCGGGCUUAGCUCUGUGCUAAAUUAUAGUAAAAUCAAAAAUGAAUCCAGAGAAGCUUAAGAAAUUGCAGGCGCAGGUGCGCAUUGGCGGCAAGGGUACCCCACGCCGCAAGAAGAAGAUUGUGCACUCGACCCCGGCAACCGACGACAAGAAGUUGCAAUCAUCGUUGAAAAAACUUUCGGUCAAUACCAUACCCGGUAUUGAGGAAGUGAACAUUAUCAAAAAUGAUGGCACCGUCAUCCAUUUUAACAAUCCGAAGGCGCAGGCAUCGCUGCCAACGAACACGUUCGCCAUAACCGGUCAUGGCGAGAACAAGACGAUCUCCGAAAUGCUGCCCGGCAUAUUGACGCAAUUGGGUCCCCAGGACAUCAAUCAGCUAAAGAAGAUCGCAUCAGAGAUUGCCAAUAAGAGCAGUGCUGCUGGUGGUGCUGCUGCCGGCGCUGGCGCAGCUGCGGAUGCUGGCGAUGAUGAUGUACCCGAUCUGGUCGAGAACUUUGAGGAGGUGGCCAUUGCCGGUGCCAGUGCUGAGCAGGCCAAGAAAUCUGGUGAAGUUGCGGCAUCUGCCUAAACCACAACCAAACCCAAAACACAUAACACACACACACACAUACACAUUAAAAAGAAAACACACAUACAAACGAACAGAAGUAGAAGCAAGUGGACGAAAACAUACAACUACUUCUUUCAAAUGGGGGUCAUGCUACACACACACACACACACACACACACAACUAAUUACUAUACAAAAUAAAGGCAUCCCAAGUGAGCGCUGAGAACAGAA